CUCGGGCGCUGUUUCCAGCCCAACACGGACUUCGGAACUGACAGACGCUGCAACCCGAGCGCGUCUCCGCGGGACCUGGAGUUCGGGCAAGUUUAUCCCCCGCAGGAAUGCGCGCCCAGGCGGCCCUGGACCCGCCACCAAGCGAGCGGCUCUUUCUCCAGAAUCCUGACGCUUCCAAGGAACUGGAUACAGCGCGGCCAGCACGCAGGAGCGCGGUGGAAAGGCUUGCGGCAGAUCGUGCCAAGUACGUGCGGGGUCGACCAGGGGCUGGCCGGAGCUCUGCUUCCGAGACCAGCAGCCCGGUGGCGAUCACCGGGCGGGGAGACGACCCCGGGUCUCCGGCUCGCGCCUCGGGUCCAGUGGUGCGCAGGACUAUUGCGCGGAAGCCUCUGAGACCGGACUCACUCGUCAUCUACCGGCAGAAAUGCGAGUUCGUGCGAGGACCCGGCGCCGACGGCUCCAGAGCAAGCCUGGUGAAGAAGCUCUUCCAGGGGCCAGGCAAGGACAAGGCGCCGGUGUCCCCCGAGACGCCCGUAGUGGGAGAGGAGGGCAAGGCCAGGGGCGGGGAGGCCGCCCGGACCAAGCUUGGCCCCUCAAGGGUUCCCGAAUCCCUAGCUGCUCUCGAGCCUUCUGAGACUCUGGGCCUGGCUCCACCGAGUGCGGCGACCGCCGGGGUUCCAGCUGCGCCCCCUUGUCCCAGGCCGCCGGUGACCAGGCGUGGGGGGCUGCGGCGUUCGCAGUCAGACCUCAGCUCCCGCUACUCCAUGGCUUUGGCCGAGUUUGACACCUUCUUCCAGUACUGCGGUCUGGACCCUGAGGUGGUGGAGACUCUUGGGAGGGAGAACUUCUCCGUGGGGUCGGACCCUGCAGGCUUCAAGGUACGCAGCGUGAGCGUCGCCACCUCCGACAGCGGCUUCUCCCGGCACAGCAGCGGAGGUGAAAAUGGGCUGCAGGAAGAGGAGCUGAUGGAGCAGGUGCCCAGCACCACCUCCGUCAUCGAGAGGAACGCCCGCAUCAUCAAGUGGCUGUACACGUGUAAGAAGGCCAAGGAGAGUCCCAGCCAGGGGCUACAGGGGCCGGCGGGACUCGCGGUGCGCGCCCAGAAAGCUAGGUUGGGAAGCCCAUCCACGCGCACAGAUGAGGGCUUGGUGACUAGUGGAUGUGGCUAGUUACUUAGAAUUCAGUGCGCUAAGUUGGAAGGGACCCACGAGUUUUGGCACACAGAGGCUUAGGAGUUGAGCCAUCAUAGCUGAAGAAGAGGAGGCAGCAGUCGUGGCACCUGCAGGCCGAGUGCCCUCUCCAGUUGCGUCCAACCACCAGGAAGGGUAGUCUGUAAGUUAACACUGUCCCAGCUGGCUUAUCACUGUGGAAAUAGAAAUCCGAAUUGUAAAAUCCUGUCAGCAAGCAGCUUUACACCCCUGUCUUUAUUAUUUCUUGUGCUGAAAAUAGCCUGAGCCCUGACCUUGGAGUCAGCUGCCUGGUAGGCCUGGAGCCCUGUGCAGCUGCUGUCUCACCUCCCCAUAGGGAGGCUCUGUGUACUUUGCUGGGGCUCUUACCAAAGAGACAGAACUUUUCUAUAGCACCUUGUCAAAACUUUGGCAUUCAUAUAGCAAUAAAAAAAAAAAAAACUUUAUUUAGCUAAAUUUUGUUUAAAUUGUUUUGAGAGCUUCAGUUGUUAAACUGGGGGAAUUGGACUGGAUUGUAACCAAUGUUUCAUAGUUCUGAACUGCUGUGAUUCUACAAUUUAUUUGCCUCUGGUGAUGCUUACAGGAACUAACUUCCCUUUGAAUAGCCAGUAGCCCAGAGUUGACCUCAAGCUCUUUUUGUUGAGGAGUGAUUAUAUGCACUGUCACCCCCUCUUCCCUGCAGUGAGGGCAUUUUGCAGGGUUCUCUUUGAGAACCAAGAAUUUAAACAAUGCAACACCUUUUUUUCUCUUGCCCUUCAAAGACAACUUGCUAAAUUAUGAGAUUAAAUUAUUUUGUCUGCCAUUGAGAUAAACUACUGACAGACACUGCAUCAGCCUGUAGAACUGUGUAGAGCUGCCACAAGACAUUUGAAGAUUUUAUUUCUAAAAUUAAAUUGAAAAUUAACAAGAGGAGGGGAAUUCUUUAUUUUUCUUGAACUCAGAAAGCUCAGGACUUAAGUUCUUCCUUCUAAAUUAUAGAAGAUUUGCUUUUUCUGCUAGCCUAUGUCUCCAAAGAAUGUAUAUAGGGAGUCAGUUUUUUAAAAAAAAAAACAUUAAUUUGUGUUUUUCACAAAUUGUCUUUUGGACUUGGAGAUGGGUGAAGGGCAUUCUCACAAUGCGAUGCUGUUGUGAACAUGUAGUGGAAGGUUUGGGGGAGUGGGCAUGGUGGGUGAAGAGAUACCUUCUGGCUAUGGAGCACCAAAGCAGAGGGGGGCCUGUCUUCUGUUAGCAGGUGACUCUGGCACUGUACCCCAAGCUUCCUUGAUCCAUAGAAUAAAGAGGAUGGUGGAUGA